AUGCGAAUGCUGGCAUAUGGAGCGUCUACCGAUUAUGUUGAUGAGUAUAUUCGAAUUGGUGAAACCAUCGCUAUUGAAUGUCUAGUCAAUUUCGUUUGGGGAGUGAAUGAUAUUUUUGGGACUGAAUAUUUAAGAUGGCCCAAUGCUGGGGACAUUCGUCGCUUACUUCAAAUGGGGGGGGGGGGGGUGCGUGGUUUUCCAGGCAUGUUGGGAAGCAUUGAUUGUAUGCACUGGGAAUGGAAAAUUUUCCCAGUUGCAUGGAAAGGCCAAUUAACACGAGGUGAUCAUGACAAACCAACAAUCAUGCUUGAAGCAGUUGCGUCACAAGAUCUUUGGAUAUGGCAUGCAUUUUUUAGUGUUCCAGGAUCCAAUAAUGAUCUCAACGUGUUAAAUCAAUCCCCAUUAUUCACUUAUAUCUUACAAGGGAAAGCUCCAAGAGCUGAGUUUACGAUAAAUGGCACACAAUACAACAAGGGGUACUAUCUAGUAGAUGGUAUCUAUCCAGAGUGGGGUACAUUUGUUAAAACUAUCCCACUGCCUCAAGGAGAGAAAAUAAAAUUAUUUGUCCGAUGCCAAGAAGCGGUACGCAAAGAUGUUGAGAAAGCAUUCAGAGUACUUUGA